CAGAAACAUCCGCAUGUGAUAUUUGAGGCACGCACUAAAGCCAAUAAAGGAUGCGCCAAUUCGGGUAAUUUAGAUUCGUGGCGAUUGUCACGGCGCACGAAACACCUUUCAGCGGGUGUCAUCGAUGAAAUUCAUCCGAAUGGUGCGGGCCGAUAUAAGCGCGAUGUACGCGAGGCGACUAAAUACAUCGAAACAGCCAUCAUAGUGGACAAAGCGAUGUUCGAGAAGCGCAAUGGCAGUACACGUGCCGAGGUCAUACACGACGCCAUACAGGUGGCGAACAUCGCCGAUUUGUACUUUCGCACACUCAAUACCCGCGUAUCGGUGGUGUACAUAGAGACGUGGGGUAAGAACCAGGCCGUCAUCGAUGGCAGCAAAGACAUCAGCAAAGCCAUAUCGAAUUUCAAUGACUACACAUCGCGGAAUCUCUUCCAGAUCGAACGCGAUACCACACAGCUGCUAAC